UCCCGGCCCGCGCCGCCCCCGCAGGAGGCAGAAAUGAAAGCUGGCUGCAGCAUCGUGGACAAGCCCGAAGGAGGAGGGGGCUACCACUUUCCCGAGUGGGCCUACAAGACGGAGUCGAGCCCGGGCUCUCGGCAGAUCCAGCUGUGGCAUUUCAUCCUGGAGCUGCUGCAGAAGGAGGAGUUCCGCCACGUCAUCGCGUGGCAGCAGGGCGAGUACGGCGAGUUCGUCAUCAAGGACCCCGACGAGGUGGCGCGGCUGUGGGGGCGCCGCAAGUGCAAGCCCCAGAUGAACUACGACAAGCUCAGCCGCGCCCUGCGAUAUUACUACAACAAGAGGAUCCUGCACAAGACCAAGGGCAAAAGAUUCACCUACAAAUUCAAUUUCAACAAAUUAGUGAUGCCUAAUUAUCCCUUCAUCAACAUCCGGCCCAACGGCGUGGUCCCUCAGAGCGCCCCGCCCGUGCCCACGGCCUCGUCGCGUUUCCAUUUCCCGGCCCUGGAUCCUCACUCUCCCACCGAGGAUUCCCAGCCGCGUUUCCCCGCGGGCUCGCUCCUGCAGCCUCACGCCGAGCCUCUGGGCGAGUGCGGCGGCUCGGCGGGCCCCGACAGGCAGCCGGGCUCUGCCGAUGUGGAGGAGAACGCGUCGGAAUGGCGCCGGGAGCUGCUGCCUCCAUCGCACGCCUCGGCCAGCGCGGCCGCCGCGGCCGGGCCCAAGCGCAAACCCGACGUGGUUCUGCCGCUCUUCUCCAGGCCGGGGAUGUUCCCGGAUCACCCGCACAGCCCGUUCGCCGUGUCGCCCUUGCCGGGCCGCCCCGGCGUGCUCAAUGUCCCCAUCUCGCCGGCCCUGUCGCUGACGCCGACGCUUUUCUCCUACAGCCCCUCGCCGGGCCUGAGCCCCUUCGCCGGCAGCAGCUGCUUCUCCUUCAACCCCGAGGAAAUGAAGCAUUACCUGCACUCGCAGGCGUGCUCCGUGUUCAAUUAUCACCUGAGCCCUCGGACUUUCCCUCGCUACCCGCUCGUGGUGCCCCCGCUGCAGUGCCCGGUGCCCGUGGAGGAGCAGCCGCCGUUCCCCAUCAAGCUGCAGCCGCCGCCGGCCGGGCGGAAGAACCGGGAGAGGCUGGAGAGCCCCGGCGAGGGCGCGGCCAACCCCCAAAUUCCCAACGCCGCCAGGGUCAAGGUGGAGCCGGCGGCGGACAAGGAGGACGAGGACGAGGAGGAGGAAUCGGGGAAGGCAGAGGAAGAGGAGGAGAAAAUCCCGGUUUUCGCCCGGCCCGCGGCUCCGGCGUGGAUCCCGGCGGCGGCGGCGGGAGCGACAGCGGGAGAGGAAAACGCGGAGAAAUCGGCGCGGGAUGCGAGCGGGGACGGCGGCAGCCACGACAGGAGGGAGGACGCGCUGAUGCCGCCCAAGCUGCGGCUGAAGCGGCGCUGGAACGGAGAUUCCCGGCAGGAAAUGGCCCAGGAGCCCCGCGCCAACGGCAUCUGGCACCUGCCCAAAGCCGUGGCCACCGCCUCCGACACCUAAUGCCGCCCGGGAAAACAGCGAAAAACACA